AUAAAACAAACACCAAUCUCUCCAAAUCCCUUCAAUUCUUCAAAUUCAUUAAAAAAGAAAAAAAUUCCAUCUUUUUUCUUCCUCUCUUCACCAUGAUGGGAAAGGACUCAUUGAGUUGUAAUUUUGAAGAAAGGGAAAGUGGGUUAUUUUCAAGAGGUUCUUGCAUGGAAAAAAAAGUAAAACUUUUUGGAAUUGAGCUCAACCCAUCAAACAAUUCUUAUUGCUUCAAAGAUCAGUCUUGUAAUAAUAUUGGUGAAGGAGAUCAUGAAAGUGUAAAUUCUUCAACAACAACAGUGUGUUUUGAACAACAACAACAGCAGCAACAACAACAACAACAAGAAGCCAUUCUUGUUAAACAACCAAAAUUUGAGUGUCAAUAUUGUUUCAAAGAGUUUACAAAUUCUCAAGCUUUGGGAGGCCAUCAAAAUGCUCACAAGAAAGAAAGAUUGAAGAAGAAGAAGAUGCAACUUCAAGCAAGAAAAGCUACUCUUAGUUAUUAUCUUCAACCUUCUAAUUUUCAAACUACUACUAAUAAUUUUCUUUAUCAUUAUCCUUCUUCUCCUCCUUGUUUUUUCUCUGAUGAUUCUUCUUCCCAAAUUAGUUUCAACCAAAACGACGCCGAAUUCAUCCAUUUUGAUUCUUCUCUUUCCUUUUUACCUCAACCACGACGCUCGUUCUUCACUUUGACACCGGCCGACAUGUCGUCCGGAUCCCCUAAUCCUGUCGUUUUCCACUCCUCCUCUUCUUCUUCUUCCCCUUCUUGUAAAUCUUUGGAUCUUCAACUUGGUCUCAAUUAAUUUUUGCCUUACUUCAUUAAUAUUUUUCAUCCUAAUCUUGUACCAAUCCAAACAUUAUCCUUAGCGCAUCAAUACAAAUAUAUUAAUUAAUGUA